GGUGUUUCAGGUGUCCCAACAGGACUGAGGGAGGGCUGCUGGUGGUGUCGGGGCCGUAUGGCAGAGGUCAGCUGUCAGCAGCCUGUCCUGGAUCAUCCUCUUAGCUUGAGCUGCUGAGCUGAGCCGUGCUGUGCUGCUCUGCUGGGCUCUGUGCUCAGCAGCGAGGCUGCAGUGUGAACGUGGGAGGGGCAGCUUCUUCCCUCUGCAGGCUUUCGACUUUGCUCACUGACCCCUGAGUGUUUUAGGCUUGAAAGCAAGCCGGUGUUUUGGGUUUCAGACAAAAACUUGGAAUGCAUCUGUGACAGUGAUUUCCCUUCCUCUGUUCUGUGCCAGAAACGUUUCUCUUCUGUUCUCUGGGCUCAAUGGCUUCGAUUGUUGAGGGCUGGAGCUGCUUUUCAGCCUCGUGGCAGCUUUGUGGGGUUCUGAGGGCUGAGCUGGAGAGGUGCUGAGUGCUUCCCUCCUCUGGGUGAUGGAAGAGAUGGGACAGGGGCAGCUGCAUUAGUGCUCACGUGCUGAACCAACAGCUGGGGCCAAGAGCUGCAUCUGCUGUGGAUUUACAAAGCUGGUACCGACCUCAUGCCUCCAACACCAGGGGUGUCCUGCUGGGCAGUGCUGUGACGUGCACCAAGCACACACAAGUAACGAAAACAGAAUAAGGGAAAAGUGCAAGGCUGGAAUUAGUUCCUUAUAUAAAGGGUUCGUGCUCCAAUCUCAUUAGCGUCUUAAGGAGCGGACGCUCAGCUGCCCGCAGCUCCUGCAGUGCAAUCUGCUCAGCAAUCAGCUUUGGGAACCCAGCAGGUGCCUCCACACGGCCAGGGCCCGUGGGCAGCAGCUCGGGGCAGAGUCCCAGCUGUCGGUGUGUGGGGCAGCACGGCCAUGAAGCCACCGCUGCCAUCCCACACGCCAUAGCUGGGAUAGCAUAGCAAUGGGGCAGCUGGGGAGGAGACGCGCGAGUCUGUGUGCCAGCCUGAAGCCUGCGGCACGGCGGGGCGGCCGGACGGCCGAGGAGGAGGAGCUGCACAUCCCGUUUGCACAGGACAGCCUGGUGAAGCAAUGGAGCUCCAUGCAGAACGUGGCAGAUCGGAGCCAGGAGGAGAGCAAGGUCCCGGUCCGGAGGAACAAGUACUUCCUCAACAUCAAUGUGGGUGGCAAGCUGUUCCAUAUCGCCUGCAGAGUGGUGGCCCGGUACCCCGUCACCAGGCUGGGGAAGCUGGCCACCUGCACCGACCCUACGAAGAAGCUGAAGCUCUGUGAUGACUACUGCGUGCAGAGGAACGAGUACUUCUUUGACAGAGACCCUUCCAUCUUCCACUACAUCUUCCACUUCUACUGCAGCGGGGUGCUGUGGAUAAUGGACGAGAUGUGCCCCAGCAACUUCGUGGAGGAAAUCGAGUACUGGGGGAUCCACCUGAAGCACGCCCAGCGCUGCUGCCGGAUCCUGUUUGAGGAGAAGCAGGACGAGCUCAGCGAGUACCUGAAGAUCCAGAAGGAGCUGGAGGCAGAGCUGGAGCCCAUGGACUCGGCAGGGCAGUUUGAGGGCAAAUGCUUGGGGAAGUUCCGCAGGGCCAUCUGGAACCUCAUUGAGAACCCGUAUUCAUCCGUCCCGGCCAAGAUCAUCGCCGUCAUGUCCAGCUUCUUUGUGCUCAUCUCUAUCGUGGGCAUGACGCUGAGCACGGUGGAGGAGAUGAAGCACAAGACGGGGAAGAAGUGGAUGGAGCAGACGGAGAUGAUCUGCGCCAUCUUCUUCACCUCGGAGUACCUCAUGCGGCUCAUCUCCUCCUCCAGCUUCAAGAACUUCCUGCGGGCGGCGCUCAAUGCCAUCGACCUGGUGGCCAUCCUGCCCUUCUACAUCCAGAUCCUCUUUGAAAACCUGGACGAAGGAGAGACGCUGUACCACGAGGAGCUGCACAAAAUGGAGAACGUGAGCAAGCUGGGCAAAGUGCUCAAACUCAUCAAGCUGAUGCGGAUCUUCCGCAUCCUCAAGCUGGCACGGCACUCCACGGGGCUCCGCGCCUUCGGCUUCACCAUGAGGCAGUGCUACCAGCAGGUCUGCUGCCUCUUCCUCUUCAUCGCCAUGGGGGUCUUCACUUUCUCUGCUCUCAUGCACUCGGUGGAGCACGACGUGCCGGGCACCAACUUCACCAGCAUCCCCUACGCGUGGUGGUGGGCAGCGGUCAGCCUCUCCACCGUGGGCUAUGGGGACACAGUGCCCGACACGGUGCUGGGGCGGAUUGUGGCAUUUGGCUGCAUCUCCUUUGGCAUCAUCCUCAACGGCAUGCCCAUCUCCAUCCUCUACAACAAGUUUUCGGACUACUAUGCCAAGCUGAAGGCACACGAGAACGAGAGCAGCCUCUCCCUGAAGCUCUCCAGGCGGCUCCAUCUGAAGCAGCGCAUCCUGCAGAAGCUGUCGCAGUGCUGCUGCCCCGACCCCAGGCAUGUGGGGUGCUGAGCUGGGGAGCAGCCCCAGCAGCAAGGUUUAAUAAAGCAGCCCCAAACUGUG